UACAGUAUAAAGCUUUGAGGAGCUGUAGUGUUCAGCAGUUCUUUCAGAAUGGAGUCUGUACUGAGAUAUCUGGACUGGAUGUCUGUGGGCUUGGCCCUGCUGGGUGGUCUGGUCUCUCUGGUUCUGCUGGAGAUCUUCAGGUUGAACUCUUUCAUCAGCCGAAGUCCUCCUGGACCGAAACCAAUGCUAUUCGUGGGGAACCUGCCUCAGUUCAUGAAGGAGAAAAUGGCCUAUAUUAGAUCUAUGCCUAAAUAUGGGGAGAUGUGCUCGAUGUAUCUGGGAAGAAAGCCUACGAUUGUGCUGAAUAGCGUGCAGAUUGCAAAGGAAGCUUUCGUUCAGAAUGGGGCAGUGUUUUCUGGAAGGCCAUCCUUGCCUUUAAUACGAUGGAUCAACAAAGGUUAUGGUAUCAUAGGGGCCACGUAUGGUCAUUCUUGGAGACAGCAGCGCCGGUUUGCUCUGCACACUCUGCGUGAUUUUGGACUGGGGAAGAAAAGUGUGGAGGAGCGUGUGGCUGAAGAGGCACGAUACCUCAUCAAGGAGAUGCUCAAACAAGAAGGAAAGGCUUUCUACCCUAUCCACCCCAUCAUGAAUGCGGUCUCCAACAUCAUCUGCUCCAUCGUCUUUGGAGACCGCUUUGAUUAUGAUGACAAGUGCUUUGCUGAACUUCUGGCAAUUUUAAAUGAGAACAUUCGGCUAGCCGGUUCAUUCGUGGGACAGAUCUUCAACUUGGUUCCCUUUAUAAAACACUUUCCAGGGCCUCAACAAAAGUUCAAGCAAAAUCUAGACUCCUUAAACAAGUUCAUCUUUGAUGAGGUAGAGAAGCACAGGAAGACUCUGGACCCUGAAAACCUCCGGGACUUCAUUGACGCCUACCUGGUUGAGAUGAACAAGCAAGAGGCAAAUGAAGACUCCACGUUUCAUGAGAACAACAUGGUGAGGUCAACCAUUGACCUGUUUGGUGCUGGGACAGAGACUACAGCAAACACUCUUAGAUGGGGCCUCAUUUACAUGAUGGAGUACCCUGAUGUGCAAGAGCGCUGUCACGAGGAGAUUGUUCGAGUUUUGGGUUUUGACCGUUUUCCCUCCAUGGAUGACCGUGCACAGCUUCCAUACACUCUAGCCACUGUUCAUGAGAUCCAGCGCUAUGCUAACAUUGUUCCUCUUGGCGUGAUACACGAGACUACACAACCAACCAAGCUGAGAGGAUACCAUAUACCAGCGGGAACAAAUAUCAUGGCCAAUCUAACGGCCAUCAUGGCUGAUAAAGACCACUGGAAGUACCCAAACACAUUCAACCCAGAGAACUUUCUGGAUGAGAAAGGACAGUUCUGCAAAAAUGACUCCUUCCUGCCCUUUUCUCUGGGUCCGAGAGUUUGUCUGGGUGAGACUUUGGCGAGGACAGAGCUCUUUAUCUUCUUUACCUCUCUGAUCCAGCAGCUUAAGUUUUCAUGGCCUCCUGGAGCUCCACGUCCAAACAUGGAUGGCAUUGUGGGGCCAAUUCGCGGCAAUUUACCCUUUAAUACAAUCUGUCGCAGCAGGGAGACCACUAAUUAGAACCAUGUGCAGCCUUAAUGUUAUGAACAGAGAUUAUAAACCCUGAUUGGAGGACUUGUUUGGUUUGGUUUCUCUGAAUCACUUCACAUUUGUAUACGUUUAACCUGGGAGAAAUGUAUAAUAUAUAUUUUGGAAAUUGUCUGAAAGUUUGUCCAAGUUGUAGAGUUCACAAUCAGAUUCAUACUCAUUAUUCAUUGCAAUUAUUUAAUUAUUUGUGAAAUCUUUUUUUUUAGUUUUCAGCAUAAUGAAUACUUAUUUUUAUACAUUUAAUAUAAAUAGUGCUUAGUAUGUCUUCUAUGUAAAGAAAUAAACACAUUCUGUUUUCAUUUAA